GGUGUUUUGAGUGUGUGUGUGUAUGUGAGAUUGCGAGAGUAUUGUUUCAUUGUGUGUGACGUAUGUUUUAAAUAGACUUUUUCGUUCUGUUUUUGUGUGCGGUUUCCAGUUUGCGUCUGUAUAUUUAUAAACAAUCGGAAACGUUGUCGUUAGCCCGAAUGUGACAGAAAAGGCUCGUCGUUAUUUCCGUUCCUCUUCCUUUCUGAUCCAGCUGAAGUUCUCUGACCACCAUUCAUUCAAUCAUUCCUUUCUCAGAUACUCUCAUUUUAAUUCUCCCCAAACGUCCAGCAUCAACCCCUGCAGUGUGAUGUUCUCCAAUGGUAUCAGCUGUAAUCUGCCAUUCAGCUGUAUGAGUGUCACCAGAGACUCUGGCUCAGAAGAGCUUCUGCCCAGCAGAAUGGCCCGGGAACCAAUACUACUCAAUGUUUAUGACAUGUACAAAAUUAAUGAUUUAACCUCAAACAUAGGCUUAGGAGUCUUCCACUCAGGUGUCGAAAUUUAUGGUACAGAGUAUGCAUAUGGUGGACACCAGUAUCCUUUCACAGGCAUCUUUGAGAUUAUACCAAGGGAUGAGAGGGAAUUGGGUGAUCAAUUUCGAUUUAGACAAAGCAUACAAAUCGGAUAUACAGAUUUUACAGAGGAUGAUGUGAAAAGAAUCAUCAAUGAAUUGGGUAAAGAAUUCCGCGGGGACAGAUACCACCUAAUGAACAACAAUUGUAACCACUUUUCAGGUGCCUUUACUAAAAUUCUGUGCGGGCAAGAUAUACCGUCUUGGGUGAAUCGUUUGGCGUAUUUUAGCAGUUGGGUACCUUUCCUUGAAAAGUGUUUACCCAAAGAAUGGCUGAUGCCUAUGGCUCUGCAGCAUUCAAUCAGCAACCAUUGUCCGGACUCUACCUGUUCCGAGGCCUCGACCCCUCCAUAUUAAGAGAAAAAUGCCAAAAAGAAAAAAGAAACCCACAAAAAGGUGUAUAUGGAAUACAAUUUAUAUAUAACGUAGCGGUGCUGUGUGUCUUUCGAAAGGUAAAUACUUAUUAUACAAAGUGAAUUUGAUAAUGAUAACAAAACACAACAAAGAAGAUUAAAAAAAAACAAACAUGAUAAAGAAUUGCCUUCCGAUUAAUUAAUAUAAUUGAACAAAUCUUAUAUAAGUUGAACUGCCAUUUGCAGACGUAAUUUAUAUACAAUAUAUAUAUUUAUAUUUAACUGGAAUUAACCGUUUUGGAGUCAUGCAUUUGAUUUAUUUUUUUGAUUACUUGUACAUAAUGGAUAUUCAAUGUGUGUGUUGUCUUUUUUACACGUACAAAAUGAAAAUCGAGUAUUUUUCAAAAGAUUUGUGAACGUAAUUACCCACUAGUUAGAUUUUAAAUGUUUGUUAAUACAAAAAUUGUUGAGGAUGAAAACACAAAGCGACAAAAAAGAUAUAUGAAGCUAUUAUUUACGAUGGUUUAUAUGAACAAUGUUAUGCAAUUUAGACGAUUCCUAAUGAAUAUUAAUCAAAACGAAAAAAAAAAGUGUGUUUGUAUGUAUAUAUUAUGUGACUUUGAAGAGUGUGUGAGAUUUGUACAUAUGAUUAAAAAAAGUACCUUGUUAUGCGUUGAUAAUGUUUACGAUGAAGGAAGUUAAUGUACCGUCAGAUUCAAUGUUUCAUUAUGUGAUUAUAUUAUGUAAACGAGGCCUAUGGAACGCGAAUGAGGAAUUAUGGGAAGUAUCGGUUCCGAAUGUACCGCCCACCCUCAGCCAGAAAAUGCUAAGUCCAUUCCUCCAUACUAUGAAUGAAGCAAUAAACCGACUGUUGACGAACUCGCUCCGCCCACUUCCACAUAAUCAAUCUGCUCACUAGAUUACCUCCGCCCCCGCGAAAUGCACAAUUUUGUUCGAUUAUAAACCAUCUCUCUAUCUCUUAACUCUCUUUAUAAUUAAGUAUUAUUAUUAUUAUAUUAAUGAUUAAUUUAUAAUUCGAUUCGUAAGAAGUGAAAAUUCGAGAAGACUGGUUUUAGCGCGCGCACUUACAAAUUUACACGUGUAUAUUUUUUAAAUGUUAAUUUUCUAUCGUUCCAUUGUAUACAAAUUGAAAGACGCAUCAGCCAUUUGAAAACAAACAAAAAAAGUAAUAAAUACGAAAGGUUUAUAUAAUCUAAGCACACGUGACAAUUGUUUACACAUUAUUAUAUCGACAAUAAUCAUAGCGUUUUCCGAACCGCUCUGUAUUUAUUAUAUGCGAAACUCCAGAAAGACAUUUACCAUUUUAUAUUUGUUACACAAAACCCCCCUCGAAACCACCGUUGUUUGGACGCCGAUUUAUGUGUUGCGUUCUCAUAAGUUGUAGUAUUGUACAGUGCGCAAUGGUUGGAUUGUUUACAAAACAUUGCGUCGUUAAAUCAUAGGAAGAAAAUAGACAUCGGUGCGUCCUGAUUUUCAUCUAAAGUUGUAUUUUAUCUUUUAUUAGAAUGAGAGAAGAAAAAAGAAACUAAAAAGUAUA